AUGUUUCAGUUGCCAACGCUGAAUUUCAGCCCCCAGCAGGUAGCGGGGGUUUGCGAGACUCUGGAGGAAAGCGGCGAUAUUGAGCGCCUCGGCCGGUUCUUGUGGUCGCUACCCGUGGCGCCAGCCGCCUGCGAGGUGCUUAACCGCAACGAGUCAGUGCUGAGAGCUCGAGCAAUCGUGGCCUUCCACACAGGCAACUUCCGCGAGCUUUACCACAUUCUAGAGAACCAUAAAUUUACCAAAGACUCCCAUUCAAAACUGCAAGCGCUUUGGCUCGAGUCGCACUACCGGGAGGCGGAAAAGCUCCGGGGGCGCCCGCUAGGACCUGUAGACAAAUACAGGGUUCGGAAGAAGUUUCCACUGCCCAAAACUAUCUGGGACGGAGAACAAAAGACGCACUGCUUUAAAGAAAGGACCAGACACUUGCUGCGGGAAUGGUAUCUGCAAGACCCUUAUCCGAACCCUAGUAAAAAGAGAGAGCUUGCACAAGCCACAGGACUUACACCAACCCAGGUGGGAAACUGGUUUAAAAAUCGAAGGCAAAGGGACAGAGCAGCAGCCGCCAAGAACAGGUUACAGCAGCAGGUACUUACUAACGGCUCGGUAUCGGGUGAGGAUGGAGUGGCUGAUCGGCUCGGUAACGCGUCCAGCCCGGAAGCUGGCCUGUCAAAUAAAGCCGCAGCCUCCGCCAUCUCCAUCACAUCAAGUGACAGCGAAUGUGACAUCUAACGGCGGAGCCUGACAGGAAAAUUAACACAUUAACAAUGGAAUUUGGGACAGACAAUCAUCGAGACAAACAAGCACAAUGGUGCCUGCCUUAACCUAUCAGAGGCCGCUUUGUUUUAUUCCUGGCUGUUCUGACAGCCAUCAAGUAAUAUGGAAUGCUCUAUCUCUAAACAUGUAUUUAUCUUUUUAUCU